UUCAAAAUCUAUCGUAAGAAUUUUGCGCAAACCUACAGAAAUAGGAUACUUUGAGUUUUUUACUUCUUAGAAUUCUAUUUUUAUUAACAAACUUUACGUAGUUAAGCAAAACAAAUACAAAGUUUUUGUUCUAGAAUAGGUUCGUUAAGGUAAAGAGUGGGGGAACCGAAGCUAUAUAACCGAGGAAGUUUGGCAUUUUUAGAACAAAAUCGAUUAAAGUUUUGAAGCAAUAAAAAAUAAGAGAGUAGAUAUUAAAGUGUAUUGUGAAAAAUAGCAGAAGAGAAUGCAGAUCUUUGUGAAAACCUUGACUGGUAAAACCAUCACCUUGGAAGUAGAGCCUUCCGACACCAUUGAAAAUGUGAAAGCCAAGAUCCAAGACAAGGAAGGUAUCCCACCAGAUCAACAGAGAUUGAUCUUCGCUGGUAAACAACUUGAAGAUGGUAGAACUCUAUCUGACUACAACAUCCAGAAGGAAUCUACCCUUCAUUUGGUCCUUAGAUUGAGAGGAGGCAUGCAGAUCUUUGUCAAAACCUUGACUGGCAAGACCAUCACCUUGGAAGUAGAACCUUCCGACACCAUUGAAAAUGUUAAAGCCAAGAUCCAAGACAAGGAAGGUAUCCCACCAGAUCAACAGAGAUUGAUCUUCGCUGGUAAACAACUUGAAGAUGGUAGAACUCUAUCUGACUACAACAUCCAGAAGGAAUCUACCCUUCAUUUGGUCCUUAGAUUGAGAGGAGGCAUGCAGAUCUUUGUCAAAACCUUGACUGGCAAGACCAUCACCUUGGAAGUAGAACCUUCUGACACCAUUGAAAAUGUUAAAGCCAAGAUCCAAGACAAGGAAGGUAUCCCACCAGAUCAACAGAGAUUGAUCUUCGCUGGUAAACAACUUGAAGAUGGUAGAACUCUAUCUGACUACAACAUCCAGAAGGAAUCUACCCUUCAUUUGGUCCUUAGAUUGAGAGGAGGCAUGCAGAUCUUUGUCAAAACCUUGACUGGCAAGACCAUCACCUUGGAAGUAGAACCUUCUGACACCAUUGAAAAUGUGAAAGCCAAGAUCCAAGACAAGGAAGGUAUCCCACCAGAUCAACAGAGAUUGAUCUUCGCUGGUAAACAACUUGAAGAUGGUAGAACUCUAUCUGACUACAACAUCCAGAAGGAAUCUACCCUUCAUUUGGUCCUUAGAUUGAGAGGAGGCAUGCAGAUCUUUGUCAAAACCUUGACAGGCAAGACCAUCACCCUGGAAGUUGAGCCAUCCGAUACUAUUGAAAAUGUUAAAACUAAGAUCCAGGAUAAAGAGGGCAUCCCACCAGAUCAGCAAAGAUUGAUCUUCGCCGGAAAACAAUUGGAAGAUGGAAGAACUUUGUCUGACUAUAACAUCCAGAAAGAGUCUACUCUUCACUUGGUACUUAGAUUGAGAGGAGGUAUGCAGAUCUUCGUUAAGACACUGACUGGAAAGACCAUCACUUUGGAAGUUGAACCAUCUGAUACCAUUGAAAACGUGAAAGCUAAAAUCCAAGAUAAAGAAGGUAUCCCACCAGACCAGCAAAGAUUGAUUUUUGCAGGAAAACAGCUAGAAGAUGGUAGAACCUUGUCUGACUAUAACAUUCAGAAAGAGUCCACUCUUCACUUGGUACUGAGAUUGAGAGGAGGUAUGCAGAUCUUCGUCAAGACACUAACUGGAAAGACCAUCACUUUGGAAGUUGAACCAUCUGAUACCAUUGAGAAUGUCAAAGCUAAGAUCCAAGAUAAGGAAGGUAUCCCACCAGAUCAGCAAAGAUUGAUUUUUGCAGGUAAACAGCUAGAAGAUGGUAGAACUUUGUCUGAUUAUAACAUCCAGAAAGAGUCCACUCUUCACUUGGUACUUAGAUUGAGAGGAGGUAUGCAGAUUUUCGUCAAGACAUUGACUGGUAAAACCAUCACAUUAGAAGUUGAACCAUCUGAUACUAUUGAGAAUGUGAAAGCUAAGAUUCAAGAUAAGGAAGGUAUCCCACCAGACCAGCAAAGAUUGAUCUUUGCAGGAAAACAGCUAGAAGAUGGUAGAACCUUGUCUGAUUAUAACAUCCAGAAAGAGUCCACUCUUCACUUGGUACUGAGAUUGAGAGGAGGUAUGCAGAUCUUCGUCAAGACACUAACUGGAAAGACCAUCACUUUGGAAGUUGAACCAUCUGAUACCAUUGAGAAUGUCAAAGCUAAAAUCCAAGAUAAAGAAGGUAUCCCACCAGACCAGCAAAGAUUGAUUUUUGCAGGGAAACAGCUAGAAGAUGGUAGAACCUUGUCUGACUAUAACAUCCAGAAAGAGUCCACUCUUCACUUGGUACUGAGAUUGAGAGGAGGUAUGCAGAUCUUCGUCAAGACACUAACUGGAAAGACUAUCACUUUGGAAGUAGAACCAUCUGAUACUAUUGAGAAUGUGAAAGCUAAGAUCCAAGAUAAGGAAGGUAUCCCACCAGACCAGCAAAGAUUGAUCUUUGCAGGGAAACAGCUAGAAGAUGGUAGAACCUUGUCUGACUAUAACAUCCAGAAAGAGUCCACUCUUCACUUGGUACUUCGAUUGAGAGGAGGUAUGCAGAUCUUCGUCAAGACACUAACUGGAAAGACUAUCACUUUGGAAGUAGAACCAUCUGAUACCAUUGAGAAUGUGAAAGCCAAGAUCCAAGAUAAGGAAGGUAUCCCACCAGAUCAGCAAAGAUUGAUCUUUGCAGGUAAACAAUUGGAAGAUGGAAGAACCUUAUCUGAUUAUAACAUCCAGAAAGAGUCCACUCUUCAUUUGGUACUUAGAUUGAGAGGAGGUAUGCAGAUCUUCGUCAAGACACUAACUGGAAAGACAAUCACUUUGGAAGUAGAACCAUCUGAUACCAUUGAGAAUGUGAAAGCCAAGAUCCAAGAUAAGGAAGGUAUCCCACCAGAUCAGCAAAGAUUGAUCUUUGCAGGAAAACAGCUAGAAGAUGGUAGAACUUUGUCUGAUUAUAACAUCCAGAAAGAGUCUACUCUUCACUUGGUACUAAGAUUGAGAGGAGGUAUGCAGAUUUUUGUCAAAACAUUGACUGGUAAAACUAUCACAUUAGAAGUUGAACCAUCUGAUACUAUUGAGAAUGUGAAAGCUAAGAUCCAAGAUAAGGAAGGUAUCCCACCAGACCAGCAAAGAUUGAUAUUUGCAGGAAAACAGCUUGAAGAUGGUAGAACCUUGUCUGACUAUAACAUCCAGAAAGAGUCCACUCUUCACUUGGUACUGAGGUUGAGAGGAGGUAUGCAGAUCUUCGUCAAGACACUAACUGGAAAGACCAUCACCUUAGAAGUAGAACCUUCAGAUACCAUUGAGAAUGUGAAAGCUAAGAUCCAAGAUAAGGAAGGUAUCCCACCAGACCAGCAAAGAUUGAUCUUUGCAGGGAAACAGCUAGAAGAUGGUAGAACCUUGUCUGACUAUAACAUCCAGAAAGAGUCCACUCUUCACUUGGUACUUCGAUUGAGAGGAGGUAUGCAGAUCUUCGUCAAGACACUAACUGGAAAGACUAUCACUUUGGAAGUAGAACCAUCUGAUACCAUUGAGAAUGUGAAAGCCAAGAUCCAAGAUAAGGAAGGUAUCCCACCAGAUCAGCAAAGAUUGAUCUUUGCAGGUAAACAAUUGGAAGAUGGAAGAACCUUAUCUGAUUAUAACAUCCAGAAAGAGUCCACUCUUCAUUUGGUACUUAGAUUGAGAGGAGGUAUGCAGAUCUUCGUCAAGACACUAACUGGAAAGACAAUCACUUUGGAAGUAGAACCAUCUGAUACCAUUGAGAAUGUGAAAGCCAAGAUCCAAGAUAAGGAAGGUAUCCCACCAGAUCAGCAAAGAUUGAUCUUUGCAGGAAAACAGCUAGAAGAUGGUAGAACUUUGUCUGAUUAUAACAUCCAGAAAGAGUCCACUCUUCACUUGGUACUAAGAUUGAGAGGAGGUAUGCAGAUUUUUGUCAAGACAUUGACUGGUAAAACUAUCACAUUAGAAGUUGAACCAUCUGAUACUAUUGAGAAUGUGAAAGCUAAGAUCCAAGAUAAGGAAGGUAUCCCACCAGACCAGCAAAGAUUGAUAUUUGCAGGAAAACAGCUUGAAGAUGGUAGAACCUUGUCUGACUAUAACAUCCAGAAAGAGUCCACUCUUCACUUGGUGCUUAGAUUGAGAGGAGGUAUGCAGAUUUUCGUCAAGACACUAACUGGAAAGACCAUCACCUUAGAAGUAGAACCUUCAGAUACCAUCGAGAAUGUGAAAGCUAAAAUUCAAGAUAAGGAAGGUAUCCCACCAGACCAGCAAAGAUUGAUCUUUGCAGGAAAACAGCUAGAAGAUGGUAGAACUUUGUCUGAUUAUAACAUCCAGAAAGAGUCUACUCUUCACUUGGUACUUAGAUUGAGAGGAGGUAUGCAGAUUUUCGUCAAGACAUUGACUGGUAAAACCAUCACAUUAGAAGUUGAACCAUCUGACACUAUUGAGAAUGUAAAAGCAAAGAUCCAAGACAAAGAAGGUAUCCCCCCAGAUCAACAACGUUUAAUAUUUGCUGGUAAACAAUUAGAAGAUGGAAGAACCUUGUCAGAUUAUAACAUCCAAAAGGAAUCUACUCUCCACUUGGUACUAAGGUUGAGAGGAGGCAAUUAAAAUACAAAACUUUUUUGUUUAUUUCUGACAGUGGUUUUUAAAAGGCUGAUUUUUUAUUUACACAUUGCUUAAAUAUUAUUAAACCAAAGGAAUAAAUAAAAUCUUUGUAGUA